AUGAAUGACUUAGACACUAACCUGAGUGUCCAUUCCGGACCUAUUGCAAGUCGACAGCAUAAACACCCCAUUACACAAGUGGAUAAUUUAAGAUUCCAUAAGGAAGGCACUCAGAGAAAUCAGAAUGAUAUAUGUUACAUGAACGAAAACGAAAUCUCUUAUGGAAAUCUUUACAAACACAUUUUUGGGUCAAAAAUUGGUUUGAGACUAAAUUUUGUCAUCGAUAAUACUGGUUACUACGCAUGUGCUACCAGUCCACACAUCAUAGGAUUGUACCAGUUGGAACUGUGGGAACUGUACAUGGAUUCUGAUACUUCACUUGGAUGUAUAAUCCAGAGAAAGUUAGUUUCCUCGGAGGAAACAGCUUGGGGGCACGGUAUAGAUUUAAUUGUGCGAUACACCAGACUUCCUCCCACAACCUUAACGACAGACCACAACACAGAGACUAAUAAACAAAGUGAGUUACUGGAAACGUUGAUAGUCGAUAGCAAUAUGAAAUGGAGUCCUUUCAAAGUAGGUCUCAUGGGGCAUAUUUAUUUACUUAUUGUGUCCUUUGACCAGAGAACCUGUUCCUCUUCACAGCCAGAAAACCCUUCCUCUUACAAAGCCAGAGACUCUAAUUCUUUUCCCAGCCAGAAAUCGUUGUUUUCCACUACAAAGCAAGUACCCUCCCACAGCAAACUUUUUCCUCUUCCCCAGGAAUCUGUACUCUCCAACAACUUCGUUCCCUUCACUGCCAGAUACCCCCUUCCUCUUACACAGCCAAAUCCCAUUCCUCUACUGAAACCCAGAACCAUUUCUUUCACACCAGAGACCCAUUCCUUUCCAGAGCCGAGAACUCAUUCCCCAACACAGGCAGAAAUCCCAUCCCUUCCACAACCAAACCCCAAUCCUUUCAAGCCAGGGAUCAUUUCCUUCACAGCAAGAACCGUUCCUCUUCCACAGCCAAAAAACUCCUUUCUCUUCCAAGCCAGAAACUCUUUUCCUUUUCCCAAAAGCCAGAGAACCUCAUUUCUCCCCCCCCACAGCAGAGAACCCGUUCCUCUUUCACUGUUGAAACCCCAUUUCUCCACAGACGAGAAUCCCUUUCCUCUUCCAAAGCCAGGAAACCUUCAUCCUCUUCCACAGCCCAAGAACGUUGUUCCUCUUCCACAACAAGAGAAUUUGGUUCCUCUUCCACAGCCAGAGAACCAUAUUCCUCUUCCACAGCCAGAGAGCCCCAUUCCUCUUCCUCAUCCUGAGACCCUUGUUAUUCUUCAUCAGCAAGAAACCCUCGUUCCCAUUUUACAGCCAGAGAUUCCCAUUCUUCUCCCACAGCUAGAGAACCUCGUUCCUCUUCCACAGCCAGAAAACCUCGUUCCCUUUCCACAGCCAGAGAAUCUCGUUCCUCUUCCACAGACAGAAACCCCCAAUCCUCUUCCAAAGCUAGAGAAUCUAAUUUCUCUUUCACAGCCAGAGAACAUCGUUUCUCUUUCACAGUUAGAAACUCCCAUUCCUCUUCCACAGCCAGAGAAUCCCAUUCCACUUCCAAAGCCAGGAAACCUCCAUUCUCUUCCACAGCCUGAGAACAUCGAACCUCCUCCACAACAAGGAAAUUUGGUUCCUCUUCCACAGCCAGAGAACCUUGUUCCCCCUCCACAGCCAGAGAACAUUCUUCUUCCACAAGCAGAAACCCUCAUUCUUCCUCCACAGCCAGAGAACAUCGUUGUUCUUCCACAUACAGAGGCCAAUAUCCCUCAUCCACAGAAAGAGAGCCUCCUUCCUCUUCCACAGCCAGAGAAUUUUCUUCUUCUUCCAAUCCCAGACAACUUCGUUCCUCUUCCAAAGCCAGAGAACCUCAUUCCUAUUUCACAGCCAGAGACUCCCAUUCCUCUUCUACAGCCAGAGAACCUCAGUCUCCUUCCACAGCCAGAGAACCUCGUUCCCCUUUCACAGCCAGAAAACCUCCUUCCUCUUCCACAGACAGAAUUCCCCAUUCCCCUUCCACAACCAGAGAACCUCGUUCCUCUUCCAAAGACAGAAACCCCCAAUCCUCUUCCAAAGCCAGAAAAUCUAAUUACUCUUCCACAGCCAGAGAACCAUAUUCCUCUUCCACAGCUAGAGACCCCAUUCCUCUUCCCACAUCCUGAGAACCUUCCAGAGAAUCUUAUUCCUCUCCCACAGCUGCAGAACCCUGUUCCUCCUCCAGAACCAGAAACCUCCUUCCUCUUCAAUUGCCAGAAAGCUUUAUUCUUCCUCCACACCAAGAACCCUGUUCCUCUUCCACAGCCAGAAAACUUCCUUCCUCUUCCACAGCCAGAGAAUUUUCCAGAAAAACCUCGUUCCUUUUUCCACCCCAAAGGGACCUCGUUCCUUUCCACAGCUAGAGGACCUGGGUUCCUUUUCCCACCAGGGACCUCUUUCCCUUCCACAGCCAGAGGACCUCGUUCCCCCUUCCACAGCCAGGGACCUCGCAACCCCAUCCCUCUUUCACAGCCAAAGAACCUCAUUCCUCUUCUACAGCAAGAGAACCUUAUUCCUCUUCCACAGUUAGAGAACUUGAUUACUCUUCCACAACUAGAGACUACUACUGAUCCUCUUUCACAUCCACAGUAUCUCACUCAUCUUUCACAGCCUGUGAACCUCAUUCCUCUUCCACAGCCAGGGAACCUUGUUCUUCUUCCACAGAUAGGGAACCAUAAUCCUCUUCCAAAACCCGAGAACCUAAAUUCCUUUUGGCCAAGCGGAAAAAAUCCCAUUCCCCCUUUUUUCAAAAAAGACAUCUCGUCAAAGACCCCAAUUCCUCAUCCACGGCCUGAGAACCAUAUUCCUCUUCCUCAACUAGAGAACUUCAUUCCUAUUCCACAAUCAGAGAAUUUCAUUCCUUUCCCACGGCCUAAGACCCUCAUUCUUCUGUUACCAUCAGAGAAUCUUCCACAGCUAAAGAACCUCAUUCCUUUUCCACAGUCUGCAAACCUUAUUCUUCUUUCACACCCUGUUGACCUCAUUCCUCUUCCACAGUCAGAGAACCCCGUUCCUCUUCCACAACCCGAGAAUUUCAGUCCUCUAACAAAGCCAGAGAACUUCAUUACUCUUACACAGCCAGAGACUCCUAUUUCUCUUACACAGCCAGAGAAACUAAUUCCCCUUCCCCAGCCAGAAAACGUUGUUCCUCUUCUACAGCCAGAUACCUCAGUUCAUCGUCCACAGCCUGAGAACUUCAUUCCUCUUCCAAAGCCAGAGAACCUCAUUCCUCUCCCAUGGCCUGAAAACCCCAUUCCUCGUUCACAGCCAGAGAACCUCAUUCCUCUUUCACAGCCAGAGAAACUCGUUCUUAUUCCAAAGCCAGAGAACCCUGUCCCUCUUCUACAGCCAGACACCUUAGUUCAUUUUCCACAGCAAGAGAACGUCGUUCCUCCUCCACAGCCUGAGAACUUCAUUCCUCUUCCACAGUCAAAGAAUUUUAUUCCUCUCCCAUGGCCCGAGAACCUCAUCCCUCUUUCGCAGCCAGAGACCCUCAUUCUUAUUCCAAAGCCAGAGAACCCUGACCCUCUUUCACAACACGAGAACCUCAUUUUUCUAACACAGCCAGAGACCCCCAUUACUCUUCCACAGCAAGAUAACCUUAUUCAUCUUCUGCAGCGAGAGAACGUCAUUUCUCUUUCACAGCCUAGCAACCUUAUUCCUCUUCUACAGUCAGAUACAUCAGUGCCUCUUCCACAACUGGAGAACCUCGUUCCUCAUUCAUUAUUUGAUAACCUCAUCCCUCUUAUGCAGUAUAAGAACUUCAAUCCUCUUCAAAAGCCAGAGAACCUUCCACAGCCAGAAAAUCUCAUUCUUCUUCCACAGACACCUGAGACCCUCACUCCUCUUUCACAGCCAAAGAACCUUCCCCAGCUAAAGAACCUCGUUCCUUUUCCACAGUCUGCAAACCUCAUUUUUCUUCCACACCCUGCAGACCUCAUUCCUCUUCCACAGUCAGAGAACCCUGUUAUUCUUCCACAACCUGAGAACAUUCCUCUAACACAGCCAGAAACCCCUAUUAUUCUCCCACAACAAGGGAACCUUAUCCCUCUUCUACAGCCAGUAAACUAUGUUAAUCUUUCACAGUCUGAGAACCUCAUUCUUCUUCCACAAUCUGAGAUUUUCAUUUCCCUUCCACAGUCAGAUAACCUUAUUCUUCUUCCCCAACCAGAGAAGCUUGUUCCUUUUCCAAUCCCAGAGAAAAUUAAUCUUCUUCCACAGCCAAAUACUAUCACUCCUCUUCCACAGCCAGAGAACCAUAUUCCUCUUUUGCAACCAGAGAACAGCAUUCCUCUAACAAAGCCAGACAACCUCAUUCCUCUUCCACAGCUAGAAAACCUCAUUUCUCUUCCACACCCAGAGAACUUCAUUCUUAUUCAACAGCCAGACAACCUCAUUAGUCUUCCAAAGCCAGAGACCAUCAUUCCCCUCCCACAACUAGAAAUUUUCAUUCCUCUUCAACAGGCAAAGACUCACAUCCCUUUUCCACAGCUAGAGAACCUAAUUCCUCUAACAUUGCUAGAGAACUCCAUUCCCCUUCCACAACAAGAAAACCUCAUUCUUCUAACACAUCCAGAAACCUCCAUUCUUUUUCCACAGCAAAAGAACCUUAUUCCUCUUCCACAGGCAGAGAACUUUAUUACUCUUCCACAGCCAGUGACCCUCAAUCCUCUUCCUCAGCAUGAGAAUCUUAUUCCUCUCCCACACUCAGAAAAUGUCGUUACUCUUGCACAGCCUGAGAACUUCAUUCCUCUUCAACAGCCAGACAUCCUAAUUCCUCUUCCACAGCCAGAGAACCUUCCACGCCCAAAGAACCUCAUUCCUCACCCACAGCCUGAGAAUCUCAUUCCUCUUUCACAGCAAGAGAACCUUCCAAAGCUAAAGAACCUCAUUCCUCUUCCACAGGCAGAGAAGCCUAUUCUUCUUCCACAGCUCGAAAACUUUGUUUUUCUUCCACAAGCAGAGAACCCUAUUCUUCUUCCACGCCCAAAGAGCCUCGUUCGUCUUCCACAGCCAGAAAACCUCGUUCCUAUUCCACAAUCAGAGAACCUCAUUCCUCUCCCACAGCCUGAGAACUUCAUUCCUCUUUCACAGCCAGACAACCUUCCACAGCUAAAGAACCCCAUUCCUUUCUCACAGCCUCCAAACCUCAUUCCUCUUCCACAGUCAGAAAACCUCCUUCCUCUUCCACAGCCAGAGAACACCGUUCCUCUUUCACAACCCGAGAACGUCAUUCCUCGUCCACAGCCAGAGGCCCCCAUUACCCUUAUUCCUCUUACACAGCAAGAAAACCAUAUUCCUUUUCCACAGCAAGAGAACCUUCUUGUUCUUCCACAGCCAGAGAACCUUGUUCCUCCUUCACAGCCAAAGAAACUCACUCCUCUUCCACAGCCAGCCAAAAUUAUUGCUCUUCUACAGCAAGAGAACUCAAUUCCUCUUCAACACCCUGCAAAACUCAUUCCUCUUCCACAGCCAGAGAACCCCGUUCCUUUUCCCCAACCCAUGAACCUCAUUCCUCUUCCACAGCCCGAGAGCCUCGUUCCUCUUUCACAACCAACAAUCCCCCUUCUUCGUCUACAGACAGACAUCCCAAUUCCUCCUCUACAGACAGAGAACCUCGGUCCUCUUCCACAGCCAGACAACCUCUUUCUUCUUCCACAGACUGCGGUCCUCAUUCCUCUUCCUCAGCCAGAGAACCUCAUGCAUCUUCCACAGCUAGAGAACCUUGUACCUCUUCCACAGCCGGAGAACCCCACUCCUGUUUCACAACCAGAGAACCUCAUUCCUCUUCUGCAGUCAGACGCCCUGAUUCCCUUUCAACAGCCAGAGACCCCCAUUCCCCUUCCACAGGAAGACAACCUUAUUUCUCUUCCACAGCCAGAGAUGCCUAUUCCCCUUCCAAAGCCAGAGAAUUUAAUUCCUCUUCAGCAACAAGUUUCCCACAUUCCUCUUCCACAGCUAGAGAACCAUAUUUCCCUUCCAGAACCAGAUAACCUUGUUCCUCUUCCACAGCCAGAGAACUUCAUUCCUUUAACACAGCCAAAGACCCUCAUUCAUCUUUCACACCCAGAAAACCCAGAGAACCUAAUUCUGCUAACACAACCAGAGACUCCCAUUCUCGUUGCACAGCAGGAGAACCUUAUUCCUCUUCUACAGCCAGAGAUGCUUAUACCUCUUCCACAGCAAAAGAAACUUAUUCCACACCCAGACAACAUCGUUCCUUUUUCACAGUUUGAGAACCUCCUUCCUCUUCUCCAGCCUGGUACCCCAAUUCCUCUGCAAACCGGAGAUUCUCAUUCCUCCUCCGCACCCAAAUACCCCAUUCCCCUUCCACAGCCAGAUAACCUCAUUCAUCUUCCACAAUCAAAGACCCAAAUUUCUCUUCCACGGCCAGGGAACUAUAUUCCACUUUCACAACCAGAUAACCUAGUUCCUUUUCUACAACCAGAGAACCUCAUACUUCUAACACAGCCAGAGACCUCCAUUCUAUUUUCACACCCAGAAAACCUCAUUCCUCUUCCACAGCCAGAGAACUUCAUUCUUAAUCAACAGCAUAAAACCCUAAAUACUUUUUCCACCAAGAAUCUCAUUCCUUUUCCGCACCCAGACACCCCUAUUCCCCUUCCACAGCUAGAGAAAAUCACAACUUUUCCACAGCCAGAGAACUUCAUUCCUCUUCACGCCAGAAACCUUAUUCUUUUCUAA